AUGGCCGCGGUAACCAUGAGCAGCAAUCUCGACGGCCUCUCGCAGCCUCCAUCACAGGCCUCUUCGCCCUCCGCCACCGCGAAUACAUUUUCGCCAUCACAGCUGCCUGCUCCCCGUGCCGUCAUUAACAAUCUCCAGCAUGUCCGCCCACAGCCGUCCCUACCCGGAACCCCGACGACAGCUCAGCAGACCCUCAUGGACCCUCCCUCUGGCAUGAAAUAUCACGAUUUUCUCCGCACUUGGAAUGACAAUCAGGUAUCUCGCUGGCUCGCGGAUAUCAAGUGCGGCCACCAUGCGAACACGUUCAAGGCGAGCGAUAUCCGCGGCGAUGUCCUCCUUGAGCUUGACCAGGAUACGCUCAAGGAGAUGGGAAUCGCCAGCAUUGGCGACCGGCUGAGGGUUCUGAAUGCGGUUAAGACUCUGAGGCAGAAGUGCUCGACCAAGAGCGAGAGGCUCUCAAUUUACGGUACGGCGCUUUCGCGGAAUGGGGAUGGCAUGGCGCACAGGAGGUCCGGUUCGGUAACAUCGCCAACGUCGCGGCUGGCUUCGCGCAAACUGGAGCACGGAAGACCACCACCUUUGCAACUCACCCCAAAUGCCAACCAGUCUGCCAAUCUACCGCAUCUCAUCCGUGAGGGCCAACCCGCUCCGGACUCUGCCUCACGCUCGACCAUGCCCCUUCGCCCUCUUCCUCAACCAAAUCAGCAACCUCAAUCCAAUGCCUCGUCUACUUUUCACACGACAACGCCAGGCAGCUCAUAUUCAACGAGCUCGCGCCCGAACGUCUUACCAUUACCGCCCGUGCCUCGCAGCCAACCUCCUCUCCCACCCACUGGCCGGCCAUCAACUCGCAACCUUCAUUCUGAGGCGCCCGAAUUCACGUCGCAACCACUCCCACCUGCUCCUGUGAACCAGAGCCUGCUCACACCGUCAUCGAACGGUUCGUGGUCGGGCUAUGGUCUCCCGCCAGAUCCGCGUGCUGGGAUUGGCAGCGUCAAGACACCUGUGCGUUCUCAGUCUCCUAUGCUCCCAAAUGUUCCUAUACGGACGGCGACGCGUUCUCCCAAUCCCGCCUCGGCGCACGGGAGAAACGUGUCCAUGUCGAGCGUCCAGAAUGGCUCGAGCCCCUUGACGAAAGUGGGACCUCGUCCGUCCACCUCUGCACAUCCUUAUUCCCAAGGCCUUCAACCCCCAGCACAACCGAUCAGCAUUCUUUCGCCUAUUGCCGAGUCGUUCCUCUCCAACUCCGCAACUAUCACUGUUCCGUCUACAUCCGCCUCGCCCUCACCCCCUACGACUUAUACCGUGGGCCGUGGGCCCUUCGUACGUCCGAACACGCCGUCAUACAACAACACCCCUUCGCUUGUCGACCUCAGAAAGAAACUCAUCAAAUUUCAACUGGCAGAGGAGGGCCAUUCGUGCACACUCAAUAUUGAGGACUGUGCAGGCGGCAUUGAGGUACUGGAGAAGGCGCUCAAGAAGUUCGGGAAAUUGGGUGGCAAGAGUUCCGACACAGAAAGCGCCAUUGUUGGCACUGACGAUGGUGGAUUGAGCGUGGAUGGCUGGGGGGUGUAUGUGAAUUGGGGCAACGAAGAUUCGCCAGGUAUACCUCUUUCCGAGGCUCAACUAUUGGCUGUAUGCCACGCAUCACCGGACGAUCCAGCACGGGAGCAUGGCCUCACGUUGCGUCGCACUGGCAAGGCCAAGCGGUCAAAGGCCCUAGCGCAUAUAUUCGGAGAAACACCACCCAUUCCUGGGCAACGGAAUAGCCCAACAAGUCCGUUGUUCAACAAGCGCGCAAGUUCAAUCAGCAUCCUCAGCGGUCUUGGUGUGCGGGAUCCAGAGAAGGCGUUGGAAUCCCCGUCUUCGCCUACACAGUCUUCCACCGCUGGAAAACAUUCGUCGGGAUCCAGUUUUUCGAAGGGCCCGUCCAGAUUGCGCAACUUCUUUGGUCAACGACCGCCGAGCGAGCUCAUCACGAACCAUUUAAGCGAGUACUUCCCCUUCACGGAGAAGAAGGUCUUGGAGCGCACAGCGCGGCACAGUAUGCUGCGAGCGGGCGGCUCUGCUGCGUUUGGGAAGAGAGACAGUACGAUCAUGAUCACCGUGGACGAACCCCCGCGGGUUUCGCUCUCCACCGACGAUGGACACGACGUCGAUGCGGAUAGCGACGAGGAUAACAAGCCGCUCGCUAUGCUGAACAAGCGCGACUCCAAGGCACACUUACUUCCUCCAGUAAACAUCUCGUUCGAACGGAUGAGUUAUAUCAAGGAGCUACGGAGCAAACGUGAUAUAUCAGAUACAGCUAGUAUUAUGACGAUGGAUGAGAUCACGGCGGAGGUGGAGAGUAGGCGCGAGAGCGGCAACAAUACUAUCGCGGAUGACGCCUCGUGGACGAAGGUGGAUGCCGAUAGUGAUGAGGAUACGGAAGCACCCGCAGCGCCUGUAGACAUACCCCCAGAAGGCGAUGAGGAUGAGGAUGACACGAUCGUCGAGGACGAUGUUGAAGAGGAAGAGGAGGAAGUUGAGGAAGAGGAAGAUGACGAGGACGGCACCGGAAAAGCUAUCACAUCCAAAGGUAUCAAGUGGAUCAAGGGAGCAUUGAUAGGAGCUGGCUCGUUCGGAAAAGUGUAUCUCGGGAUGGACGCCACAAACGGUCUUCUUAUGGCUGUCAAGCAAGUCGACAUCCCUUCCAAUGCCUCGACGAAUGAAGCACGUCAAAGAAGCAUGUUGGACGCUCUGGAGCGGGAAAUCGAACUCCUCAAAGAUUUGCAACAUGAGCACAUCGUGCAGUACCUGUAUUCAUCGGCAGACGAGGAGCACUUCAACAUCUUCUUGGAGUACGUUCCCGGCGGUUCGGUCACUGCUCUUCUCCGCAACUACGGUGCCUUCGAGGAGCCACUUGUACGGAACUUUGUCCGACAGAUCCUGGAUGGUCUCGACUACGUACAUGAACGAGGCAUUGUCCAUCGGGAUAUCAAGGGUGCAAACGUUCUGGUCGACAAUAAAGGUGGCAUCAAGAUUUCCGACUUCGGUAUUUCCAAGAAAUUGCAAGACAACAUACCCGGAACUCGCCUUCACCGGCCCUCUCUACAGGGCUCAGUAUUCUGGAUGGCGCCGGAAGUCGUUAAACAGACCGCCUAUACCAAAAAGGCGGACAUUUGGAGUGUCGGGUGCUUGGUUGUCGAGAUGUUCACUGGUGAACACCCAUACCCGCAACUGAACCAGAUGCAAGCCAUCUUCAAGAUCGGCUCUUCCGCUAAGCCCACUAUUCCAUCUGAUAUCACUGCAGAGGCUCAAAACUUCCUCGAACUCUGCUUCGAGCUAGACCAUGAGGCUCGCCCGUCUGCUGGGGAUCUUUUGCGACACCCGUGGCUCACCAAGAAACCCGGAAAGAAUUCUGGUAAAUCAGCAGCGAAGGAAGCCUCGUCAUGA